GAAGAAUCCUCAUCACAACACAGGAAUAUUCCGCAUGGGAGAGUGACAUCGAAAACACUAGACAGCGAGAAAGAUGGAAUGAAAUAAAACCAAAUAGACCUUUAAAUCGUUUGACAUCACACGAAUUAAAUUGUUGUGAACACCAUUGCCUAUGUCGACACACGUUCUGUGGAUUAUAGGGGAAAAUGGCUUCAUGUUGUCUUUGAAAUGAGCGAGUUGAGUUUAACCUCAGACAGGUUGAGUUUCUCCGUGUCGGGUUUUAUUGUUCUGACAACAAACAGGAAUAUACAGAUAAAAAACGGCUGGACCCUGCUGUUAAUAUUACAGGUUUAGCUCUUUGUGUAUUGUGUCCUGUUGUCCUCCUUAUGUUAAAAUAUCUUCCGACGACCUCGAGAUUGUUUUCACGCUGUGUGACAUCUGUUACGAGGACUUUUCAUUUGCAAAAACAUCGGUUCCUAAGCAGGAUGGAGGACAGUGUCGUGGUCAGGUGUGUCGCCGGAGAACCCAAACUCACCAUCUCGUUCAUCCUGGACGGUAGCCACAGACACAUGCUGCGGGACCAAACUGAGGAGCUUGGGAAAGUCCUGCUCCGGAUCGCUAACAACGCGGCCAGGGGCGGCGGUCAGGGAGGUCGAGCCAAGAAGUCCAAGAAGAGCAAAGCCCCCCAGGCUUCCGCCGAGCCGGUAGUUGUGAAGCUGCUGUACAACGGGGAGCCGGUGUCAGAGGAUGCGGAGAACAGCGAGGCCUGGCAAGACGGCAUGACCCUCCACAUUGGAGAAAUGAGAUACGAGGUGCAGCGGAACGGACCGAACUUCACCCGUGCCCAGCUGCCAGGUUGUCUGCUGGCCGGCUUCCCCGUCUGCCCCCGGCUUGAGGUGGAGUUCGGCCGGCUGGAGGACUGUGAGUUGACCUGGUACAAACACGAAGCUACCAUAAGCCCAGAGGGCGACGCCUCCACAAAGGAAGCAGAGUGGGUGCCGGCAGGAAAUGGGCGUGUCUUCGUGCCGUCUAACCUGGACAUCGGCUCAAGGCUAAAGGUCGUCGCCACCCCUCGGGACGGGGCGCGCAGUGGACUGCCCAAGGAGCUGGUCUCCGUGGCGACGGUGGAGGCGGGGCCCGGCUGGUGCACGUGUGACAACCGGCACGCCUACACGGGCAGGGAGGCGGGGCCGGAGGGGCUGAGGGUGCUGUCCUACAACAUCCUGGCCGACGUGUACGCCCAGACGGAGAUGUCCCGGACGGUGCUGUACCCCUACUGCCCCCCCUACGCGCUCCAGAUGGACUACCGCUUCAACCUCCUGCUGAAGGAGCUGGCGGGAUACAAGGCCGACCUGCUCUGUCUGCAGGAGGUUGACACAGGAGUGUUUUCCGACAGCCUGGCUCCGGCGCUGGACGCGUACGGUCUGGAAGGAACCUUCCGGGUCAAAGAACGCCAACACGAGGGGCUGGCCACCUUCUACCGCAGGUCACGGCUGCGUCUGCUGAGUCGUCAUGACGUCAUGAUAAGCGAAGCGCUGGCCUCAGACCCCCUGCACAGCGACAUGCUGGAGAGACUCUCUGCCAAUCCUGUCCUCAAGGACAAGGUCCUCCACCUGUCCACCACCCUGCAGGUGUCUGUGUUUGAGAAGCUGAAUGAGCCCUCCAAUAAGCUCUGUGUAGGAAACACUCAUUUGUACUGGCACCCUAAAGGGGGAAACGUCCGUCUGGUGCAGAUGGGCGUGGCCCUGCAACACCUGAGUCAUGUGAUCCAACAGGAAGCACCUGGAGCCGCCUUCAUCUUCUGUGGAGACUUCAACUCCACCCCCGACUCAGGUGUCUGCCAGUUGAUCCAGGGCGGUCUGGUGCCAGACUCCCACCCAGACUGGGUCUCCAGUGGUCCAGAGGAGGCCCUCCCCAUGGAGCUGCGCUCGCCCCUCCCCCCUCUGCUCAGCGCCUGCGGAGACCCCGCCUACACCAACUACGUAGGGGGCUUCCAUGGCGUCCUCGACUACGUCUUCCUGCAGCCUGACAGCCUUGAGGUGGAUCAGGUGAUUCCGAUGCCCACCCACGAGGAGGUGACCAGUCACCAGGCCCUGCCCAGCGUGGCCCACCCGUCUGACCACAUCGCUCUGGUCUGUGACCUGCACUUCAGACCCUGAACCCCGACCCCCUCUGGACUCAGCAUGUGUGAACGGUGUUGUGGUUGAAGGACCGCGUUGAAACAGGAGAACCGUUUAUUUUAUGAGACGAUGAUGUGAUGAGUUGGAAAAUAAACCAUCAACAAGA